AUGUGUCGGCCAAAACAACAAGAAGAUUCCCAAGAGCAAAUUGUCGAUCAUUACUAUCAAGAACAACAAGACAAUGCUCUCUACGCAAUUAUGAUAGAACAACAGACGGAACUUGAACAAUUAAUUCAAAUAGCCGAGAAUCUCAGGAAUGAUAUUAUUAAACUGCAUGAUAAAGAACAAGAAAUAAUUGAACAUUUAAAUCUAAUUAAAACAUCUCAAACAUCUUUGUUUGAUAAUAUAUAUUCGUUUAUAUCCAACAAAAGUGUCCUUUUCUUUGUUUCCGGCAUUGUUACAGGUUUUUAUAUUAUUCCUACUAUAAGUAAAUUAUUUUCUUCAACACGUGCUUAA